CAAAAGCCCCUGUACUUCCUGAGGAUAAAUUUGCUAAAUUUGGCUUGUCACCAAAACCAUGAUAAACUUCUACAGCUUCACCAUUGAGCGCAUUCUCUCUGGAUGGAAAAAAAGAUUAUAUUGAAAUUGUAGGUUUAAUAUGGAUUGUGUUUGGUGUAAAGUUUCCCUUUCUUUCUGACAUUGAAUGAACCCAAUCUCACCAGGUUGUUGCUGUCUAUUGAUAUCUGCUGGUGUGAAUCAGUCCCUUGUGUUUAAUUUUAGAUUAUGUGUGUGUGUGUGUGUGCGUGCGUGCGUGCGUGCGUGCGCGUGCCCGUGUGUGUGUGUGUGUGUGUGCUGUAAGUCCCUAGUGAGCAAUGCCAGGAGUGCUUUGGAUCAUGAGGGGAUCAAGGUUAGAGGGCAGGCUAUAUUUAGGCGUUUUAGGUGGUUCUGGUGUGUUUUGUUGACGGUAAACAUUUUUCAACUACACUCUCUUUCUCUCUCACACACAUGUCCUACACCUCUUAAUAGUCUUACAUCAUAGCAUUUAAAUGCCCCUUGAAUUAAGCGCUGUUAUGUCAUUCUACCAUGCUAGAUUUCACCGGUCCAACAUUCCUAUCACAACCGGGGUCCUCUGACCCUUCUCUAACUCCACCCCUCCGCCCCUCAUCGAUCCGUUACUAAACGACGCCUCGGAGAUGUCUCGGUUCUCCCCGUUGGCAGGAGUUCUUCCGUGUAAACCUCUCUGUCUCUGUCUGUGUGUGUGUGUGUGUGUGUGUGUGUGUGUGUGUGUGUGUGUGUGUGUGUGUGUGUGUGUGUGUGUGUGUGUGUGUGUGUGUGUGUACUUGUGGAUUAGCCUGAGCCCACAGAUCUCACACACAUACACUGUAAGAGGGCUUACUGAGUAACUCACUCAGUAGAAGAAGAUAAUUUGUUAAAUGUUGUUCGGCAAGAAGGCAAUCCUUUAAGAAGCGCACCAACGACAUGGAUCGACAACAACAUCAAAAACUUUAUGGUUGAAUUUUGGGCUAAAGAGAACAACAGCGUUUACGAGAAAGAGAAAGACAUCAUCCCAAUUUGUCGUCAGCUGGUGGCAGUGUGUGAUGAGAUCUUGGAGUCAAGCCCUUCAGAGGUUCUGAACAACUCAGUGCAGCUAGAGACCGUCGACCUGGUCCCUGCUUCACCUGCCGAUCACCUGGGCAUUCACAUUGCAUCAACGGGAUCCAGCAGCCACUUUGUCACUGGGACUGUUGCCGAGUCCCCUGCGGAUAUCUGUGAGAAGAUCCUUGCUGGGGAUGAGGUGAUUCAGGUCAACGACCAAAUAGUGGUUGGUUGGAGCCGAGAGAACCUGGUGAAGAAGCUGCUGGAGAACCAGAGUGGGGUGACCCUGGUUUUGAAGAAGGUGCCUGGGUCGGCGAGACGGAAACAGCGCAUCUCCGAGUCCUCCUUAUCCGCAGCAACACAGGAAGAAGAAGAGGAGGAAGAAGAGGAGGAAGGGAAUCCGAGACAUUCCAUUUUUGAGAGGGUGGCUGCAUCUGUUCGGUCUUUAUCUUUUAGGAAGGCCAUCCACGGGCCUGAGGUUCAGCCGAGGCCUAUGGGCCAGGAGGAGUCUGAGCUUUCCUCUGACCGCGGCCUGGAGGGGACUCUGACCAACACUUCACAGAAUGACCAGCAGGGGAGGCUGUCACCUCUCCCCAAUUCAGGGGACUCUGGUUGUCCUGUAGGUUCUUCCAGACUCUCCCCGGACCCCCGGAUCGACCGGUCGACGUCCCCUUUGGGUUCCAGAAUGUUCCCCCCUCACGGCCGAGCCAGUGUUAGCUCCUGUCCCGAAAUGGAUAACAAAGAAACGAAAAAGACUUCUACAAAGGGCAUAACCACCGCUCUGAGCCGGCGGCGGGUGUCCUGUCGCGAGCUGGGCCGGCCCGACUGCGACGGCUGGCUGUGGAAGAAGAGGAAGGACACCAACGUCUUCCUGGCCCAUAAGUGGCAGCGCCUCUGGUUCGUGCUCAAAGGACCGUCCCUCUACUGGUACAACAGCCCGCAGGAGGAGAAGGCAGAGGGCCUAGUUCAGAUUCCCACCUAUAGCAUAGAGAGCGCCGGAGAACACAAGAGGAAAUAUGUGUUCAAAAUGUGUCACCAACGAUUUCAAAACUUCAUCUUUGCUGCAGAAAACCUUAAUGACAUGAGCAAAUGGAUCAACUGUCUGAUCAUAGGCAUACAGAAGCACAGGAAGUUCCAUACAGGGUUUCCUGACAGCGAAGCCGAUUGCUGCAGUGAGACCGAUUCAGAGGAGGAGGGCUCCCCAUCGCAACGCAGGAGAAAUAAGAAAAUGCAGUCCAACACGUUGCCUCGACCCAAGAAGUCCAAGAUGCCUAUACCAACUCCUCCACCAGAGGGCAGCAAAGUAGGAGUGCCCCAGGACGACGAGAUGGGCGUGAUGAUCAAGGGGCUUAAGGAAGGCGGGGUGUCCAUGACCGGCCAGGACCAGCCCUUCACCCAGGACCAGUUCAGACGGUCGUUCAUAAAACGCAACAAGAAUCCGGUGAUCAACGAGAAGGUGCACACGCUGCGCGCGCUGCACAGCACACUCAAGGCCAAAGAGGCCGAGCUGCUGCUGAUCAACAAGAUCCUGGACGACUCUGACCUCACCGCCACCAAGUUCCACCAGUGGAAGGAGCGGAACGAGGAGCUCUGUCUGGAGAUCGGGAAGGCUGCCCUCGCCCGGGGGUCCCCCGCCGCGGCAGCGCCCCCCACCCCUGACGACGGCGACGGCGCGGAACGGCGGGGCGCCGCGGUAACCGCAGACGUCAAGGCGGCAACGGUCGCCGUGGAACCUGACAACGGGUCGUCCGUCGCCCCGCACGCGGAGGGCGCGGCCGCGCCACGGCUGAGCCUCAGCGACGGCGAGCAGCUGGUGGACGACAGCCUGCUGGAGAUCGACCUCGGGUUCCCCGCCAUGGCCGGCGACCGGGGGGGGGAGUACCCCGCCAUGAUGGAGCUGUUCCUGGGGUCGCCGCAGGGGGUCGCUGAGACGGAGCGGUCCGAGAUGGACACGCUCGCGGGCGGAGACGAUGCGGCCGCCACCGACAACUACUUCUACAUCUGAGCGGAGGCGGCGGCGGAUCUCACACUGGCGUCGCCCGGGGUCGUUAGUGGGAUCGGCAUGUGGCCCAGGAGGUAGAGCCGGUGGGCUGGUGUUUUUACUGGACGGCUGCCAGUUCGAUCCCCGGCUCCUCCUAGCGGGUCGAGGUGUCCCUGAGCGAGGCAACCUAACCCCAAAGGCUCCUGACUGAGCUGGCUGUCGCCUCGCAUGGCUGACUCCGCCUGAACGGGUGAGUGCUAGGCAAUACUGUAAAGCGCUUCGAGUGGCCAGUGGUUAGAAGAGCGCCGUAUAAAUGCAGUCCAUUUACCAUUUAUUGUAUUUUUUUUACACACAUCACUAUCCCACUUGACAUAAACAGAUGAGCAAAGAUUAAGUGGGAAGACUGGCAAACAUUUCUCCCGUUCUCUUUUGUUGUUUUGCGACAUUGGGGAUUGAUGUGAUCAACUUCAAUAAGGAGCUACACACUGAAUCAUAUCAGUGAGUCCCUCCUGCUCUUAAGGUUAAAAACCUUCCGACUCAAAUGUAUUUUUAUAAGGUAACUUACACCCAAGGUCACACAGUGUAAUAAGUUAUACCAUAUAUACCAUAUCAUUAUUCAAUAGUAUAGAUAUACUAUUGUUUGUACUACAGAUUAUUUAAAAGUAUUUCUUUGAUAAAUCUAUUUUUUUUUAAUGAGAAAAAGGAAAAGUAGUUCUAGAUAGUUAUAAAGAUAUAUAUUAUACUUUUUUUUUUACUCAGAAAUAAAUGUCAACUUUGUAUACAAUGACCGCUAUUCACUGUAGACAAGGGUGAUGGAUGUCAGAAAGCUCACAGGAGGGGUGAAGUGUGUAUCUUCUCUUUAAAUAAUAUAGAGAUACACAUCUUAAGCACCAUGCCGAAAAUUGGUUGUCUACCUUUUUUAAGAAUUAGUAUUGUCAAGUGGAAUUCAUUUUUUAUAAAUAGAGUAUUAAUGUUGUCCUUCUGAUCUACUGAAACUAUGAGUACACUGCUCUUCCAAUUGGAUUACAAUGGGGUUGUCUUUUAUUGUGUUCUUCUAAUGUAAAUACAAUUUUACAACAAUGUAAUGUUGGGUAAAAGUGAGAUUACAAAUUGUGUUGAUGGUAAUAAAUUCAUGUACACUUCU